UGUGCUUCUAUUCAUGACUUUGUCAGUCUCUUUAUUGAUAACAUGGUAUCUAUGUUAGAAUGUGUAUCUGUGGAGAAGCAGCUGACUCAGUGACUGAGUGGCUCUACAGGCUGGUUGAACCAUCAAGUGUCUCUGGGUUUUUCUCUGAGCCUCUAAGCAUUACAGCUCUCUGUCCAUCGUUCAUAUUUGAAUGAAGUUAUUAUUCUUGGAUCAGCCGCCCUAGCAUGUUAGUCUGGGAGGAGUAUGAACCGGUCCAACUGGUUGGUUCAUCAUUUCCUUGUUAUGAGUCAGACGGUUUGUUGUGGCUUACUUCAUCACAGCAGGAAGACGACUAAGGUCUCCAGUCUACUAUGGAUGAGGAGAGAAAGGAGGGGGGUCCUACCUCUAAGACCACUCUGUCUGGGGAACAUGGCCGCCGGAGCAAAGCUAAGAGCCCAGAGAAACAGGAUAGAGCAGACUCCCCUGGACCCAGCUGUGUCUCCAUGAAGAGUGACCGCUCUAUGGAUAAUCCUGUUGGGUUUAAAGAUGGAAAUCAGUCUAUUGAGAAGAGAAGAGUCCAGCAGGAGAGAGCAGACUCCCCUGGACCCAGCUGUGUCUCCAUGAAGAGUGACCGGUUAAUGGAAAGAAUUAACCGUUUUGAACCAAAAAGAGUCCAGCAGCAGAGAGCAGACUCCCCUGGACCCAGCUGUGUCUCUAUGAAGAGUGACCGCUCUAUGGAUCAUCCUCCUCUCUUUAAAGAUGGACGCCCCUCCAGAGAGGAGAGACAACCCCACCAGAGGUCAAAGGUUACCAGUGCUCAGUCUGUACAGCAGCAUCAAACAGAGCUGAUCAUGAGGGCUGAGGAGAACGCACACGCUUUCCUAGACAAGGAGCUGAAGAAGCUCUGGAGAGAUCUCUUCUCAGAUUACCCACAAUGCUCAGAGAGUCAGAGGGAGGAGGAGGAGGUGGAUGGUAAGAACGAGGAGCAGAGGAGGCGCGCCAUACAGGGAGUGGUGGAGAUCACAAAGCUCUGCCUGAUGGAGAUGAACCAGGAGGAACUGGCCGAAUCACUGUGGGGCGGAUCUGCUGCUGUUGAGUGCCAACAUAAAAUCAAGUCUCAUUUGAAGAAGAAGUUCAAGUGUGUGUCUGAGGGAAUCCCUAAAGCAGGAAAUCAAUCGGGUCUGAAUGACUUCUACACAGAGCUCUUCAUCAUAGAGAGAGGCAGUGGAGAGGUCAACAAAGAACAUGAGGUCAGACUGAUUGAAACAGCUUCCAGGAAACCAGCCAAGGAAGAAACACCAAUCAAAUGUGAAGACAUCUUUAAACCCUUACCUGGACACGAUCAACCAAUCAGAACAAUAUUGACAACUGGAGUGGCCGGCAUUGGUAAAACCAUCGUAACGCAAAAGUUCACUCUGGACUGGGCUGAAGGCAAAGCCAACCAUGACAUACACUUCACAUUUCUUUUAACUUUCAGAGAGCUGAAUUUACUGAAAGAGAAAGAGUUUAGCUUGGUGGAACUUCUUCAUCACUUUUUUAGUGAGACCAAAGAAGCAGGAAUCUGCAGAUAUGAACUGUUCGAAGUUGUCUUCAUCUUGGAUGGUCUGGAUGAGUGUCGACUUCCUCUGGACUUCCAGAACAACCAGACCUGGACUGAUGUCAAAGAGCCGUCCUCGGUGGACGUGCUGCACAACCUCAUCAGGGGUGACCUGCUUCCCUCCGCUCGCAUCUGGAUAACCACACGCCCUGCGGCAGCCAAUCGGAUCCCUGCUGAGUGUGUUGACAUGGUAACAGAGGUGAGGGGGUUCACCGACUCACAAAAGGAGGAGUAUUUCAGUAAGAGAUUCAAAGACGAGAAGCUGGCCAACACAAUCAUCUCCCACGUCAAGAAAUCACGAAGCCUCCACAUCAUGUGUCACAUCCCAGUCUUCUGUUGGAUCACUGCUACAGUUCUCAAGGACAUCUUUAAAAAAUCCCAGAGAGAAGAGAUGCCCAAGACCGUGACUCAGAUGUACAGCCACUUCCUGAGGGUUCAGUCGAUACAGGGGGACAGGAAGUAUCAUGGGAGAGCUGAAACGGAUCCAUACUGGGGUCCAGAGAACAGGAAGAUUGUUUUUUCUUUGGGAAAACUGGCUUUUAACCAGCUGGAGAAAGGCAACCUGAUCUUCUACGAGGCAGACCUGGCAGAGUGUGACAUCGAUAUCAGAGCAGCCUCAGUGUACUCAGGAGUGUUCACUCAGAUCUUUAAAGAGGAGUGUGGGAUGUACCAGGACAGGGUGUUCUGCUUUGUCCAUCUGAGCCUCCAGGAGUUUCUGGCUGCCCUUUAUGUCUUUCUGUCCUUCAUCAACGAUGGUGUCAAUCUGCUCUCAGAAGAACCACCCACCUCUGGGGAAGAUAAUCUCCUCCUCCUCUACCAGAAUGGUGUGGACAAGGCCUUACAGAGUGAGAACGGACACCUAGACUUGUUCCUCCGCUUCCUCCUGGGCCUCUCUCUGGAGAAAAAUCAGAUUGUCCUACGAGGUCUGCUGGGAUCGACAGGAACUAGCUCACUGACCAAUACAAAAACAGUGUCUUACAUGAAGGAGAAAAUAGAUGGAGAUCUCUCUCCAGAGAAAAGCAUCAAUCUGUUCCAUUGUCUGAAUGAGCUGAACGACCGUUCUCUAGUGAAGGAGAUCGAACAGUACCUGACAUCAUCGAGUCUCUCCAGAGAAUCUCUCUCUCCUGCUCAACUGUCUGCUCUGGCCUUCAUCCUAGUGACAUCAGAAGAGGAGCUGGACGUGUUUGACCUGAAUAAAUACUCUGCUUCAGAGGAGGGUCUUCUGAGGCUGCUGCCAGUGGUCAAAGCCUCCAAAACAUCUCUGCUGAAUAGCUGUCAUCUGUCAGAGAGAUGCUGUGAAGCUCUGACCUCAGUUCUCAGCUCCAACUCCUCUAGUCUGAGAGAGCUGGACCUAAGUACCAAUCGGCUGAAGGAUUCAGGAGUGAAGCUGCUCUCUGCUGGACUGGGGAGUCCAUACUGUACACUGGAAACUCUCAGGCUGAACAGCUGUUAUCUGUCAGAGAGAUGCUGUGAAGCUCUGGCCUCAGUUCUCAGCUCCAACUCUUCUCGUCUGAGAGAGCUGGACCUGAGUACCAAUGAUCUGCAGGAUUCAGGAGUGAAGCUGCUCUCUGCUGGACUGGGGAGUCCACAAUGUAAACUGGAAACACUCAGCUUGUCUGGCUGCCUGGUCACACAGGAAGGCUGUGCUUCUCUGGCCUCAGCUCUGAGCUCCAACCCCUCCCAUCUGAGAGAGCUGGACCUGAGCUACAAUCACCCAGGAGACUCUGGAGCUGCGCUGCUCUCUGCUGGACUGGAGGAUCCACGCUGGAGACUGGACACUCUCAGUGUGGAGCACGGUGGAGUGUGGAGGCUGAGACCAGCUCUAAAGAAGUAUGCCUGUGAACUCACACUGGACCCCAACACGGCCCACAGACGACUCUCUCUGUCUGAGGACAACAGAAAGGUGACAGUGGUUGGAGAGGACCGGUCGUAUCCGGAUCACCCAGAGAGAUUUGACUACUGGUACCAGGUGUUGGGUAGAGAGGCUCUCACUGGCCGCUGUUACUGGGAGGUAGAGAGGGAAGGAGGUGUUGUUAUAGGAGUGACACACAGAGGAAUCACAAGGAGAGGAGGGGGUGAAGACAGCUCGCUCGGAUGGAACAACAAGUCCUGGAUUCUUCAUUGUUAUGAUGAUGAUAGUUACUAUGCCUGGUACAACGGUAGAGUAACAGCCAUCCCUCUCCGCCCCGCUGGCUCCACCAGAGUAGGAGUGUAUCUGGACCGGCCUGCUGGCUCUCUGUCCUUCUACAGAGUGUCCCCAGGUGGAGGAGGGUCCUCAGACACACUGACACACCUCCACACCUUCUGCUCCUCCUUCACCCAGGAGGACCUCCUCCCUGGGGUUGGGUUUGGGCUAUGGGGGGGGGGCUUAGUAGUGCUUCCUGGCGAGCAGGCUCAGCGGUGUGGCUCAGCGUCUCUGUGUAAAUUAUAGUCUCUCUCUCUCUCUCUCUCUCUCUCUCUCUCUCUCUCUCUCUCUCUCUCUCUCUCUCUCUCUCUCUCUCUCUGUCUGUCUGUCUGUCUGUCUGUCUGUCUGUCUGUCUGAUGACACACAUGAACACAAACAUGCAUAUGUGAACACACACGGGUAUAUUACCACACACACAUAUGAAUACACACACGCACAUAUAUUAACGCACACACAUGCAAGCGCACACACACGCAUAUAUGAAUUAACAUAAAGACACACACAUAUAAACAUUCACGCAUGCACAGACGCAUAUAUAAACACACAUACACAAACACGUACAUAGGAACACAAACACGCACGCACACACACACGUGUAUAUGAACACAAACAAACACACGUAUAUAUGAACACACACACACACACACACGUGUGUACAUAUGAACACGCGCCACGUGCAAACACACACCAUAUUAUAAACACUCAAAUACACACAGAGACACACACGUGCAAACGCACGCACACUGCACACAAGCAUAUAUAAAUGUGUGCGCGCCCGCAUGCACACGCCGCACACGCAUCUAUGAACACACACACACACGCAGAUAUGAACACACACUUACUCAGAUAUGAACACACACACAGAAAUAAACACACACACGCACGGACUACACACAUAUGUAUAUAUAAACAAACACACACACACACACACACACACAAGCACACACACACACACACACACACACACUCACACACACACACACACACACACACACACACACACACACACACACACACACACACACACACACACACACACUGUGUUUCGCUGAUUUAUAUUCAUGUACUCAACUAUAAUCCAAAUGCUACAUUUCCUUGGGCUUCUUAAAGUUGUGAUCUUGAUUUACCAUGAAAGGAAGAGACUUUUAAGAUCUGCCAUCAGGUUUACUUAACAGGUUUUACAAAGACCAUAUUUCUAAUGUGAAAUGUAUUUUAAUUAUUGAUUGAUGGUCAAUUUUAACGUUUUUAUGCUACAAUAUUGUGUCUAUUUUCAGACUUUAACAGUUUCAUGCUGCGGGGCUCUGAUAUCAGUUUAUAUUUUGAUAAGCCUAACAUGAUGUAAAGCUUCUAUUGUUUGAGUCCUUGUGUUUAUUGUGUUCAUGUAAGGGACUGUUCUUCUAUUCAUUGAAUCUUUGUGUUCAUGUAAGGGACUGUUCUUCUAUUGUUUGAGUCCUUGUGAUUAUUGUGUUCAUUUAAGGGACUGUUCUUCUAUUGUUUGAGUCCUUGUGUUUAUUGUGUUCAUGUAAGGGACUUUUUUUCUGUUGUCCUGGUUAAUAAAGCAUAAUGGUGAUAAACAACUCAGUGGAUCCACUGAAUGUUCUCUUGUGUUCAGCAGAGGAUCAGUUUACACUUUAAGGUCGGGGGGUCACUGAAUAAAAAGAACAAUAGAGGCUUCGUCUACACAACAUUAAUAACCAGGAUACCAGCAAGUGCAUUUCCACCUCAGACUCAUACGCCCGAUGAGGGACGGAGUAUGGAGAGAGUUCUAGAAGCGAGCUGACAGGAAACAGCCCAUCUACUGGCGUCUCUCCAGAGACGAGCCUUGCAGGCUGGUUGAUGCACCACCUCCCCGUCUAACAGGACCCUGAGCCUCCAUGUUGAAACACACAGAGGUGUGAGUUUGAGGCGCUGAGCUGCAGAGGAGGAACCUCUCCUUCCCUGGGUGCGUGGGAGAGGGCCAAUGCAGGCCACCGUACCACAGAGUCAGACCAGGACCUGUUUCAUGAAGAUCAUCAGUCACACCACGAGGUGACCCUCUGUGUUUGUGAAUCUAGGGCGAGGCGAUGAAGAAGGACUCAUUAUCAGGGUAUUU